CCGCCGCCGCCGCGCGCGCGCAGCUCAAGUAAAGGAGAAAAAAAAAAGGGGGAAAAAUAGAAAGCGGCGGCGGCUGCAGCAGCGAUCCGCCGCCGGACUGGGCUAGGCCGAGCGGCGGCCGCGCGAGCCGGCGAUCCAGGGCACCGGCGGCGGCCAGCCAGGGCGGGCCGUGUUCAAAAAAAAAAGUCGCGGCGGCGGCGGCUGCUCAGGGAAGGAGGCCUCAGGGCCGCGUGCAGCGGGCGGGCAGCCGGGCGGGCUGGGGGCGGCCGCGCGGCGUCCCGGAGCCUCGGGCCGCCCGGAGCCGGCGGGCGGGCGGAGGCGGAGGCGGCGGCGGCUGCAGGAGCGGCGGCGGCUGCGGCGGCGGCGGCGGCAUCUCCUCCUCACAUGACCCCACUGUUUGUCCCCGUGAUCAGCGCGAGCGGCUCCCGUAUCUCCUCCGUCCCCUCCUGCCGCGCGGCGUGAGCGCCGGGCUCGGGGCCCCCCCGGCCGCCCGCCCCCUCCCCUCCCUCCCUCCCCUCCCCUCCCCUCCCCCCGGGCCCCGCGCCCCCCCGCCCCCGCCCCCCCCAUGGACAUGCUGGACCCGGGUCUGGAUCCCGCUGCCUCGGCCACCGCUGCUGCCGCCGCCAGCCACGACAAGGGACCCGAGGCGGAGGAGGGCGUGGAGCUGCAGGAAGGCGGGGACGGCCCAGGAGCGGAGGAACAGACAGCGGUGGCCAUCACCAGCGUCCAGCAGGCGGCGUUCGGCGACCACAACAUCCAGUACCAGUUCCGCACAGAGACAAAUGGAGGACAGGUGACAUACCGCGUAGUCCAGGUGACUGAUGGUCAGCUGGACGGCCAGGGCGACACGGCUGGCGCCGUCAGCGUCGUGUCCACCGCUGCCUUCGCGGGGGGGCAGCAGGCUGUGACCCAGGUGGGUGUGGAUGGGGCAGCCCAGCGCCCGGGCCCCGCCGCUGCCUCUGUGCCCCCAGGUCCUGCAGCGCCCUUCCCGCUGGCUGUGAUCCAAAAUCCCUUCAGCAAUGGUGGCAGUCCGGCGGCCGAGGCUGUCAGCGGGGAGGCACGAUUUGCCUAUUUCCCAGCGUCCAGUGUGGGAGAUACUACGGCUGUGUCCGUACAGACCACAGACCAGAGCUUGCAGGCUGGAGGCCAGUUCUACGUCAUGAUGACGCCCCAGGAUGUGCUUCAGACAGGAACACAGAGGACGAUCGCCCCCCGGACACACCCUUACUCUCCAAAAAUUGAUGGAACCAGAACACCCCGAGAUGAGAGGAGAAGAGCCCAGCACAACGAAGUGGAGCGGAGGCGGAGGGACAAGAUCAACAACUGGAUCGUCCAGCUUUCGAAAAUCAUUCCAGACUGUAACGCAGACAACAGCAAGACGGGAGCGGUGAGCACCCUGGACCCUCAGUCGCUGCGGUGGGCCUGGCCCCCAACCCUUGCAUGCAGAAAGUCCAACAGCCAUGGGGCUUGGGAGUCAUCCCUGGGGUGGAGGCCGGUGGGCGGUGCCCGCCCUAAGGCUCCUGGUCCCCUCGCCCCCCAGAGUAAAGGAGGGAUCCUGUCCAAGGCCUGCGAUUACAUCCGGGAGUUGCGCCAGACCAACCAGCGCAUGCAGGAGACCUUCAAAGAGGCCGAGCGGCUGCAGAUGGACAACGAGCUCCUGAGGCAGCAGAUCGAGGAGCUGAAGAAUGAGAACGCCCUGCUUCGAGCCCAGCUGCAGCAGCACAACCUGGAGAUGGUGGGCGAGGGCACCCGGCAGUGACGCCCGCCACCACCGCGCAGCCGCCGCCGCCCACGCCGGCCUCUGCUGCCCCCUUCCCCAGCCCUUAGCACAGAGAGGGACACACGCCCCUCCCCCAGCUGCGUUUUUUUAUAGUAGAUUUUUAACAAAAAACGGGGAGAAAUAAUGCAUUUCCGUGGAUACAGUGCCCACCGCCCUCCUCCACUUGGAAACGGUAUCCUCCAUCCCCAUCCGUCUGUCUGUCGCCCUUCUCCCAGCCCUCACUAAGCCCCAGCACUUCUAGUGGUCUCACCUGGAGGCAAGAGGGAGGGGACAGAGGCCCUGCCAUGUCCCGCUGCCUCCUGCUCUCUGGAGGUACUGAGACAGGGUGCUGAUGGGAAGGAGGGGAGCCUUUGGGGGGCCACCCGGGGCCUGGACCUAUGCAGGGAGGCCACGUCCCACCCCACCUCGUUUCUGGGUCCCUGCUCCCCUUUGGGUGUGUGUGUGUGUGUGUUUUAAUUUUCUUUAUGGAAAAAUUGACAAAAAAAAAAUAGAGAGAGAGAGAGGUAUUUAACUGCAAUAAACUGGCCCCAUGUGGCCCCCGCCUUGUC